CAUUUGUGCACAGUAUGAGCAGUUGUUAGGAGGCACAGCUCUUCCUCUCACCAGCCUCCAGUUAGUUUCACUUUCCCAGCCUUGUUGCCACUGACGACAAACCUGCUCAGUCACUGUACCAGACGCUCCACAGCAGGAGCAACGUGCGACUCAACGACAUGAGGGGCUUCAAUGAUGGUGAUGAUGAUGAUGAUGAUGAUGAUGAAGAUGACAUUUGUCCAGAGGGUCGAUCACCCAGCAGCUGUGAUGAGUUCAGUUACUGCCGCUACCUGAAUCAUAUCAUCAGAAUCUGCAGGAACUAUGAGCAGGCAGCAGAGGGCGAUUUCUUUUCACACAUUUCACAGUGUAGACCACAGAGAAGGAACAGGCUCGGUGUGAAAUGGCUGUGGAAGACCUGCGUGUUGUUUUUCGUCUUGGCGUUCACUUUUCUCAUGGGAACAGUUGGAAAGGAGGAGAACGAUGCACACGACUAUGAUGCUGAUUUCUUUCUUCCAUCCAAGGCUCUGUGGUUGUUGGGUUCUCUGCUGUUCUGGACCGUUUGGUUUCUCCUGCGUCUCCUCCAGAUGUUCCUCUGGUUGAUCAAAGGGCUGCUGUGGUUCAUCUCCAUCUCUGUGCCUCCACUGUGUCGCUGUUUGUCCUCCCUUCUGUCCUGUGUGCUGCUGCUGCUGCCUUACUUAUGUGAUGCUGUGUAUUUUGCCACCACCAGUCCCGUGUAUGUUUACAGCAUGGUUCUCUGUGUCUGCAUCUCACUGUUUAUUCUCAGCACAAGAAAACCAAACACAUAAAGUUUCACAUGUAAAAACACUCAGACACGGACAACAGGCUUUACAGGAAGACAUUACAAAUGACAUGUUUCAUUUGUAAUGCAUGAAACGCACCUUUGCUCAGUUCAGUGCACUCAGGGCCUUUGCUGCUACAGCUUUACUCGACUGUGGUGUCACCAAUACCUUUUAUUGUUGAGUAACUAACAUUACAGAGUCAGUUCACAUACUACUUACUAUGUUACUUGUUAGCAUUUAGCAUCAUCCUGCAGUAUCCACAUAGGGGCAUUUAUAUAUAUAUAUAUAUAUAUAUAUAUAUAUAUAUAUCAUCAUUAAAUUACUCUAUAUCAUGAAUACACUUUUAGUAUUGUGCCUUCUCUCAUUGCAUUCACUCUCUGUGACAUUUUGAGCUUCUUUUACUUGAAGAUCUAUGAAUUAAAAGUCAUUUCCAGUUUCCUUUGAUUUCAUAAUAAAUUUGAUCCUCAUUCAUCCAGCUGCUGAACUCACAGCUGCUAGCUGUACCAGUGUGGGAUAAGUCAGGACUGUUUUCACUCUAAUAAUCUGAAAUAAAACCAUUACAAAGUCUGAAUGUUGACUUAGAAAGAUAAACUGAUGAGAAUUCUCCCUGAUGUGAUUCUGAGGUAAAAACCCCAACCACUCACACCCUGUGCAAAUAAUUAAUCUGGCUUGCACAAAAAGGUUUAGCUCAGUGUGUGUGUGUGUGUGUGUGUGUGUGUGCGCGCCUGCAUGCUUCAUUGCCUCUCAAAGCUAUUUUUCCUGUGUUAUGCUCAGGUUCAAAGUACAAAAGUGGAUUUUUAUUUGUGAUAUUUUACACCUAACUACUUCCUUCUUUAUAAAUCACUGCAGCAUUUCCUCAUUCUCAGGGUCAACACUCCCUGAGAAAGGAGGAAAGGGGGAAGAAAAAAAGCAUAUCAGUGUAGCUUUAUUGGUGAUAAUAAUCAUCUCAGAUAUACCAAAGACUCAAGGUGAAUUCAUCACUGCUUUGAGAGCUGCACAGGGAAGCAACAAGGAAAAGGAACUUUCUUGGGGACUCACCUCAGCAGAAUUGUUUAUUCAGCGUUAAUGACCACACUGCCGGACAAACAGAAGUGAGCUGGGAGCAAAAACUGAACCAAACCAGGACAGAAGAAGCACAGGGAUCAGACUGAGGGCUGGAUCAUGUCUGUGCCCCCCAGAGUUGUCCACAAGAGGAGAGCGACGAUCACAGAUCUGCCUCUGUACUACUCAGGAUACCUGCUGAAGAAACACACCAAGGAGAAGGAUUUCAAGAAGUAUUAUGCAGAGCUGCGUGGAGCCACCCUGUUCCUGUACAAAGAUGACACACAGGAUACAUACACAGAGAAGCUGGACCUGGAGCAGCUGAAGUCCAUGGAGUUAGACUCUCCAUAUAAGAAGAAGAUGCCGACCAUCUUCACUCUCACCCUGCACACAGAGGAGGUGCAGCUGAAGAUGGACAAUCCUGACACAGGAGAGGAGUGGAGGGGUUACAUCCUGACUGUGGUCAAAAAGGAGAUUCCCAGUAAACUGCAGCUGCUGCCGGGCCAGAUGUUGCAGCUGGAGGAGGCUCUGGCUCAGGAGAGAAGGAGAAAUCCUCCCACGUCGCGUCCACCUCUCCCGCCCCGACCGCCCUUCCUACCCCAAAUCCCAUCCUCAAAACCUCCUCCCCCUCCACCACACAAAGACGAGCCAGACCCCAGCAGCCCUGACAUGCCUGCGUGUUUCUUCAAUGUGACUCGGAAGGAGGCAGAGAAGAUGUUGGAGGCAAACCCAGAGUACGGAGGCAUCAUCCUCCGCCCAUCCACGCUGGCCAACAACUACGCCCUGACCAUCAGACAACCAACACCCAGAGGGCCUGUCAUGAGGAACUACAGAGUCACCUCCACAAACUCAGGGUUCGUCAUUGAACUGGACAAAGCGGUGUCAGUCUCCUCCUUGAAUGAUGUCCUUAAAUAUUUCCUUGAAAAGACAGAGUACCGCCUUCAUCCCUACAUGGCAUCUCAGCCCUACGACACUCGGAUCGAGGUGACACCCGCUCCAAAGUGUGUCAGCAUCACCUCACCUGCCACUAAAACGGUACCCAAGGCGCAGGUGGCGCCCAUGCAGCGGUUGCCAACCAAAGAGGAGCUUCCGCCUCCUCCAACGAAGCCGGUGGAAGGUGAAUACGUGGUUCCAGAUGAUCACAGGCUUGAUGAUCACGACCUAAAGCUAGUUCAGCUGGACAGUGAGCUUCGGCAAGUUUUGAAAUUCCGGAGGGAAAACAUCUACGCUGAAAGCGGCGAUCAGGAAGACCCCUCCUAUGAGAAUCAAACCACUGACAAAUCCCCCUCCUGCACAGCACAGUGGACGACGUAGAAGGCAGUAAGAACCUCACAAGUCUGCUUGUGAGCUGCAAGUUUCCAUGUGGAUUUGACAAACUGCUGCCACCUUUAGUGUUAAGAAAGUUUUUCAAAAGUUCACUGGACGAGGUUAGAAAUGUGCGGCAGCUAAGCUAAAAUGAAACAAGUUCUCAGUUUCUUAAAGCAGGGGGAUCUAAAACCACCUAUAGCACUGGCCAGGUUCUUUCUUUUCUAUCCAUUUUUUCAUCAAUGAAUUUCAACCCCAGAUCUCUUAUCUCCCUUCCCUCGUACCUGGCAUACAGCUCUACAUGUUUAGAAAAGUAAUGCUGCAACUUUAUCUGAGCAGAUGAGUCACAAAAUGUAGUUAGCUGUCCAGCUCUCGUCAAACUCUCUAUGCUCUAGUGCUGUCUCAUCAAGCUGCACAGUUAGUUACAGCUCCCUGCAUGCUAAAUAUGAAAUAACAAGAGUCUGUUUAGUAGGUGUUGAGAUACUUCACUGAAUUUGUUGUGGAGGAAAAGUCAGAGGAUCACUGAAGUCAAUAGGAUUUAUUCUCUUGGAUUCUGUUUUUGAUGAAAGAUUGUUUACAAAUCACUGAUUUAAGCUGUGUCACUGUGUAAUUGUAGCUUUUGCGUCUAAAUGACAAGGAUGCAAAAGCUCUUAGAUACGGCUAACACGGCUCAGGCUGCAACUAACAAUUAUUUAGUCUGUAGAAAAGUCAGAAGGUGGUGAAAAACGUUUAUCGCAGUUUCCCAGUGCACAAAGUGAUACUUUCAAACAGCCAAAAGACAGUUCAUUUGAUAUCAUAUAUGACAAGGAAAAACCUCACAUUUGAGAAGCUAUGACCAGCAAAUGUGUAGUGCUUUUGCUCAGGAAAUUAUGGAUCGAUCACCCGAACAGCUGCUGAUUAAUGACUAAAUGUUGCAGCUUUAGUUUCAACAACAUGUAAUGGCUGUUUUCUGUUUCACAGCCUGAAAAGUUGAGUUCUCUUUGUUUUUGCACACUUUUAAAAGUGUAAAAAUGAAUGAAUCAAUCACUGUACAGGUCACAACAUUUGACCUUUUUUGAAGUUAAAAAAUGAUGAACGUGUAAAAAUAUUGCAUACUUAUGAGUCUUGUUUCUUCUUUUGUUCUUAAACAGUGAAGAAGAAAACAUAACGUUAAUCCAGGAUGAUCAUUAUUCUUUAUUUUCCACACAUAGGAGUAAGCCAACAUAAAUGUUUCAAAUGUUAUAAUCAUAUUUUUAUAAGUUAUUCAGUUAAGAUUGUAUUUUCAUCAUUUUCACCAUUAUCAUGAAUCAUGUUAUAGGUUUAAAGUUUAAGGAUCAUUUAUCACUCAAUAAA